CACCUUUAGUUUCAGUGCAUGAUCAGGGAGGGUCUGGCCAGCAGCAGAAUCAAGUCCAUUGGAAACAUGGGUCUCACCACAGUGUCUGAUGAUUUCUCUGAGGACUACACCAGCUACCCAGACAUCAGUGAGGACACUGCCCCCUGCAGGCUGGAUGCGGUCGGUGCGUUUGGACGGUACUUCAUCCCCCCUGUCUUCGCCCUGGUCUUUGUGGUGGGGCUGGCGGGGAAUGGGCUGGUGUUGGUGGUGCUGGGGUGGCGACGAUGCCCCUGGCACCUGGCGGACAGGUAUCUCUUCCAGCUGGCGCUGGCUGACAUACUGCUGGUGCUGGGGCUCCCCUUCUGGGCUACGCAGUUUGCCCAUGGCUGGGUGUUCGGGGAGGUGCUCUGCAAACUGGUGGGGGCGCUGUCGACUGUGAACAGCUACAGCAGCAUCCUGCUCCUCGCUGGCAUCAGCAUCAACCGGUAUCUGGCCAUUGUGCAUGCCAUGCAGCUGUUCCGGCGUCUGCGAGCCCUGCACCUGCACCUGGCCUGCGCCCUCCUCUGGGCCAUCUGCCUGGCCCUCUCCAUCCCGGAGCUGUACUUCCGCACUGUGCCCUUCCAGCCCCAGGGCCGUGCCUCCAUCUGCCACCGGGGCUUCAGAGCCCAUGAAGCCCAGGCCUGGCGGGUGGGGCUGUGCCUCACCUCCUUCUUCCUAGGCUUCCUGUUGCCGCUGCUGGUGAUGCUCUUCUGCUAUGGCCGCAUUUUCUGCACACUGGAUCGGGCACAGCUGCUGGCCAGGCACCGCCCACUGCGGCUGGUGCUGCUGCUGCUGGCACUCUUUGUGCUUUGCUGGGCCCCCUUCCACGUCUUCCUGCUGCUGGACAGUCUGCAACGCCUGGGCUAUGUUGGCCGCCACUGCGCCCUGGAGCGGGUGUUGGACUUCGGGCUGCUGGUGACUGAAGUGCUUGGCCUGCUGCACUGCUGCCUCAACCCCCUGGUGUAUGCCUUCGCUGGUGUCAAGUUCCGCAGGGAGCUCUCCCAGCUGUGCUGGAAGGGACCGCGCCACAGCCAGGGCUCGAGCCAAAGACAGAUCCUCUCCAUCCGGGAGCAGAGCCACCAUAGAGGGGGAACGUCAGUACACAGCACCCCAGAGGGGGACACAGACCAUGACUACUCAGUCAUGCUGUGAGAGUGGCUGAGGACAGUGCGCGCCCUGCUCCAAAAGGCUGGGACAGGGCCUCUCUGCUCAGGAUCAUACCGAUCAGGGGCACCAGUGAGGACACUGCACACCCCAUGCAUCGCACCCAGUCCAGACUCCCAUCCCUCCCUCCCCCAGGGACACUGGAACUGGCUCCUGCACAGAGAGACCCUUUCAUCUGUGGUUUCCACCCCACACCAGCCCCUUACAAGAAAGGAUGAGGGGUGUUGCAACAGCCCCAGCUGGUUACAAAAUGCCGAGGAUGUAACAUCCUGCCCUGCUGCACAUUUGACUGGGAGCAACUGGGAUCUACCCUCCAGGGUUCAUCUGUCUGUCUGGGCUCCAAGCUGAGUCCCGGGGCCAAGGCCCCAAGCACAAACAGACACCGAACCACCAGCUCCACCCGCAGGGUGCUUGCAUGGAGAGCUCUGGAGUCAGCUGCCGAAAGAGCUACCCCUUGGAGAACAUGGCUCUUUUCAGCUCAGAGACCAAGCCAGUAAGGGCCCUGCCACUCUAGGUGCAGCAUUUCAUAACUGAACAGUGAGAUCAUUUAUCCUCAACCCUUAAAGGCUAAAAGCCCUAUAGAACAAAAACACAGGAAAGUACAGGGGUAAUUCCUCUGUUUUGCCUGCAAUCAGCAAGGAUAUUUGUAAAAGGAAGGGAUAUUUUAAGCAAUAAUCUGCCACCCCAAAAGGGGUAGAAAAAUGUUCUUUUUGUCUUUCAGAACUUCAGGAAAAGCUGGUACCAUCUGAAGAGCAACCCGGAAUACCAAGAAUCUACUUUCACGACAAAAAUUGUGUUUUGUGUUUUAAGUUUUGUCUUGUGUUGUUUGUCUUGUUGCUAGCAUUAUUGUGUAUUGUGUUACAAAAAAAAACAAACCCUACUGCAUUAGGCAGAAAAGGAUUAAUAAGCAUUUUAACUGUAUUUACAGAAACCAGUGUUGCAGAACGGCGGAGGUCAAGGAAUGCCAGUCUGUUAAUAGGGUUUUGGAGCAGAGAUUAUGAAUACUGUAGACCUGGUGGUAAUUAAGAAUAAGUUAAGUUCCUUGUCACAACUGCAAGAUAGUCUCAUUCACAAGCAGGCAGAUACUACUGUGGACUUGGUACAAAUAGAACUAGGAAACCUAAAACCAACACGGAAUAUAUGGUGGUGGUUGAACACCACCACGUGGCUGCUGUAUAAACAACAACUAGAAUUAGGGAAUAAAACUGCCUUGGCUGUAGGAUGUACUGAGACACAAAUUCUUAGUUUAGCAUCACUUGAACAUGAAAUGUUUUGAGUAAUAUCUGGGAAUGUUAGGGUAUUAACACAUCUUUUAAAACAACGGAAUAGGUCCUAGUUCAACACCUACGAAUAUGAAUGGAUGCAAUAUGUUUCCAGCAUGUUUAAGCCUGAUUUGCUAUUAGGUGAAAUUAUUGUUAAAAUUGCUCACCGACAGUCUGUGGAGACAGAAAUAUGGAAAGUGAGCCCGCUCCCAAAACUGACCAUAGGAUCCUUUUGGUUACCCCGGGUUAUGAGUCAGUGGGCUGGGAAAGAGGAGAAAUUAUUGUAUACCCAAGGGUGUACGGAGUGGAGCCCUCAGAAAUGGGUGUGCUUUUCCCUACCUGUCACCACAGAACCAUGUAGUAGGGAUACAUCCUUGGGAACACGUGUGUGGGAUGAACUAGAAAAUGUUAUGCAUGCUUUGUACAACGGACAUUGUGUAUGUGUUACAUCCCGGGAAACAGUAUUUUGGGAAGAUGCAAGUAUCAGCCAACCCCCAGUGGAUGAAUAUAGAUGUAAUGCCAGCGUAUUAUAUACUAGCAAUCACAUGUACAAUUUACCAAAGAUAGAAAAAGCACAGAGCACUAUACCUGCUACCCUGGUUAAUUUCUCUGUUACCCUUGGUCUGGACUCGCACGAUUUAAUUGAUCACUUGUUGUCAGAAACCAAGGUGACUCCGUUUUUACAACAGACACAGAGGGUAUGUCUACAAUACAAAAUUGGGAUAUAGGGAAGCGUGUCAUUCAAAUAUUACAUGCAAAUGGACACAUGCUAAAAAUUGCUAGGUCUGAAAAAGAACGAACAGCCUAUCAUUGGUAUGAUGUUUUUACAGGCUGGUCCCCGACUUCUAAGGGCAUAUUGUUUAUCAUGUUUCACCCAUUGCUAGUUGUGUUAAUAUUGUCCUGUGUUUGCUUGCUAGGAAUGUGUUGUAUGUGCUGUUGGACAAAAAGAAUGUUUGUUAAAUUACAAGCUCAAAUGGCCUCUCAGUAUAUUGCUAUGAAACAGUUGUAUAAAAUAAGACCCACUUAAGAAUUGUUCUUGAGGGGUCAAAAGGGGGAUAUGUAGUAGUAGGAUUUUAUGUUUGUAUUUUGUAUAAUUUAGAAUAAAGGAUAAAGAAUAAUAAUGUAGCAUGCAUUAAAUGUAUUGAUGUAUGAUUUGAUCAUAUUCUGCUAACCACUCUUUCUGAAAGCAGAAAUGAAUGGCCUAGUGUGCCAUUGGUAAAGAUGCAUCAGCCAGAAUCUUGUGUCUGAAGCUGAUUUCAAGGCAGUGACAGACCUUUAGAGUCACCAUUUUGUUGUAGGUUUAGCAUUUUUGAAGUAAAUAAAAGAAUGUAAUGAUUGUU